AUGGCCGACGACAGACCCACUGGACUGAAGGCAAGCAAGGGCAUUGAGCUACUCACAUGGGGCACACCCAAUGGCUGGAAGGCUUCGAUCCUUCUGGAGGAGUUGAAGGAGGCAUAUGGCACGGAGUACACAUGGCAAGGGAUCAACAUCUCGCAAAACAUCCAAAAGGAGCCGUGGUUCACCAAGCUCGGCCCUAAUGGUCGCAUCCCCGUCAUUGUAGACCACGACCAGGGAGGCUUUGCGGUGCAGGAAGGUCUCGCAAUCCUGGCCUACCUUACGCGCCAUUACGACCCCGAUCACAAGUUCAGCUUCGUCGACCCGCUCGACAUUUCACGAUCAGAGCAAUGGAUGAGCUGGCAGCAUGGCGGGCUCGGUCCUAUGCAGGGACAGGCGAACCAUUUCAACCGUUUCGCAAAGGAGCGCAUCGCAUAUGGCAUGCAACGAUACACGGGUGAGACAGAGCGCCUAGUCGGCGUCUUGGACAACCACCUCAAGGACAAGGAAUAUCUGGUCGGAAACAAGUUCAGCAUCGCUGAUAUCGCGAACUUCGGAUGGUGCAACAUGCUACGCGUGAGCGGCAUCGAUCUGGAAUCGUUCCCGAAUGUCAAGGCGUGGACUGAACGUAUUCUCGCUCGUCCCGCUGUUCAGCGGGGCAUCGAGAUCCCGUCCAAGUCUCCCUUUGGCAACGACACGUAUCAGCAGAAGUUGAAGGAUGACAAGGAGUUUGCGCAGAAGGAGGAGGAGCUGGCGAAGCAAAUCAAGGACGCGAAGGAGCAGUAUGGAUACAAAUACGCUUCUCCGUGA